GUUGAAGCUUUUUAUUUUUUUUUGUAUAUCUAAUUCAGAAAAAUUUUCAUAAAGUUGACACUCGAAAGCCAGCCAGAAUGAGCUCUGGAGCCCAGGAAGACAUUGUUGCCUACCAAAGCUUUUGGAGCAGGGAGCAAACGUUGAAGCUGAUCCGAGCCUACCAGGAGCAGGAUGUGCUAUGGAAUCGAGAGAAUCUAGCUUUUGCACACCGACCGGCCAGAUCGGAGGCAUGGAUGAAAAUCGCCGCAGAAAUGCAGGCUCAUGUAAUUGAGGUUAAAAAAAAAAUGAAUAGCAUGAUCCAUACUCAUCGGUUGCAUAAAAAGCGCGGCACCACCAGUCGCACCUGGUGGGCUGUUCACUUCUCAUUUCUCUCCAACCCGAAGUAUGCUAUCAACAGCAACAACAACAACAACAGCAACAACAACAACCAGCAGAAGAAUUGCAACUCUAAUGAGCACGAGAGCGAUAAGACUAAGAGUGGCUUUUCGGAGAACAGUUAUGGUUCCCUUUCCGACAAGGAUUUCGAUGAUAUAAGCAGCGAUUGUGAAUUCGUGCAGGAUAAUCCCCUGAAACGCUCCGCUUUUGUAGAGUUUUUAAGCGAAUUGGAGACUCCUGCCAAGAAACCAACACAAAUUGGUGAUAUUAAUGAGAAUUCUGUACAGGAUUUAACAGCGGAUGACCUUGAAACGGAAGAUCCAGAACAUCCUUCAGAAGAGGAGGUGGAAUAUAAGACAUUGGCAUUCCAGCAACCGGAUACAACGGAAAAGAAUCUGGAAAAUAAUGACACCGAAUUCUAUAUAAAAUAUUUGGCCUGCAAAUUGGGAAAUUAUAGUCCCCGGGUACGAAGUAUGGUUCAAUUCCAAAUCAAUAAGAUUAUAUAUCAAGCCGAUAUGCAGACAUUUCAUCAGAAUUAGUGUGGCUGUACUUGGAAAUAUCGACUGAAAAAAAAAGUGAGGUUAAGGAAAAACAAUAUAAUU